AUGGGUUUGAUGUCCAAGAUGUUCGUGCUAGAAGAGUGGUGGGGGGCUUUCUGCGUUUCUGAGGAGAUGGCUUUCCCGAACUUGCAGCCUUUUCCGUGUGAUCGCUUUCAGCUGACUCUUCGCAGCGACUGGACUGUCGGCGGUCAAACCUAUGUACAGGGAUCGCUGCUUUCCAUUCCCAUUGACAGCCUCUUUGCUGGCGACAUGUCGAAACUGGAAGUUCUCUUUGCGCCUAGCGAAUCUGAGUCACUGGAGGACACGACGGGCACCAGGAACUAUCUCAUUCUUUCCGUGCUCGAGGAUGUGAAAACCAAGUUGAUCUUUUGGCGCUACAAAGAAGGCGCAUGGGAGCAGUGCGGCAUCGAACGAGGCCUUGGCAUGGAGAGUGUUGAGCCUCACGCUGUGGAGGCCGAUGUUUGCGACGAUCUUUGGGUCACCGUGUCUGGCUACACGAGGCCCACAUCGCUUUUCCUCACCGCGGCUGAGGAGCUCUGCUCCGGAAAGCUGCCAUCGAUGACGCCUCUCAAAGCCCUGCCAUCCUACUACAAAGCAGAUGACAUUGAGGUUCAGCAAUUCUUCGCAACAUCGCUGGACGGUACAAAGGUGCCAUACUUCCAGCUUAGCAAGAAGGACAUGGCCUAUGAUGGCAAGAACCCGACACUUCUCUAUGGCUACGGCGGCUUCGAGAUCUCCUUAACGCCAGCCUACUCGGGCGCACGAGGAAUCGCUUGGCUAGAGCACGGCGGUGUUUGGAUUGAUGCGAACAUUCGCGGUGGCGGCGAGUACGGACCCAGGUGGCACCAAGCCGCCAAGAAGGCGAAUCGUAACAAAGCCUACGAAGACUUCGAGGCCGUUGCAGAAGACCUGCUCCGGCGCGGUGUCACGACCCGGGCACUUUUGGGCAUCCAAGGCGGCUCCAAUGGUGGGCUGCUCAUGGGAAAUAUGCUCACCCGGGAGAAGAGGGAGCUCUUCGGCGCGAUCGUGUGCCAGGUGCCGUUGCUUGACAUGCAGAGAUACAGCCAGCUUCUAGCUGGAGCUAGUUGGAUGGGAGAGUACGGUGACCCUGCAACCAGCGACUGGGAGGAAUUCCUGAAGCAGUACUCACCGUAUCACAACCUGUCUGAUGACAAGACCUACCCACCGGCGCUCUUCGUCACAUCUACGAAGGAUGACCGGGUUCACCCCGGCCAUGCUCGGAAGAUGGUUGCAAAGCUGUUGGCCCAUCCCACGGCCAAGGACCACACAUUCUACUACGAAAACAUCGAGGGUGGGCACGGCGGCGCUGCUGACAACAAGCAACGGGCUUUCAUGCAAGUGGCACAGUAUGCCUUUCUAUGGAAAACAUUGUCACCUGGGCGACAGCCGGAGAUGAUACCGUGA